AUGGCUGCGUCCGUUGAUACACAUGAGAACUUCCUAAUGAAUUCACUGGAACACUUACAAGAUACGGACGUUAGUAGUCUAUCACGAUUACUUCGACGUUUACUGGAGAGGGGCAAGAAGCGGGUAGAUGUGCACGAUUGCAACGAAAUCGAACACAUAUUGAGUGCAAUACAGGUCGUAUUAACGCAACUAAAGUUGGGCAGUGACAACAUUGUCAACAACACCGUGAACACGGUUUUACAGAACUCAUCCCAACUAGAUCAAUCUAAAGCUCAGGCGGUUCUUCCUAAUGACAGAGCGACCAUCGUAGACACUUCACGCGAGAUUGUAUUCAAACUCUGCGUGCCGUGUCUAUGUUGGAACUCUGUUCGGUCGACGCAUUCUGCAUCCCCGACGUCGCUCUUACAUCUGGCUUGCAGCGUGAUCGCCUGCGCUCUCGAAGCGAACACACACUUUGCAACCGUCGACAUCGUGCCGGAUUCAUUCAGCAGCGACUUGCGCCGAGACGUAGUGUCGUUGUGUAAAGACUCGAUGAAGCGGUAUUUCGAAUCCAGAAUCGCGGACGGAGAUGCCGCGAAAGGCGACGGUGCCGGCGACAACCGUUUACCUAUCGUCACGGCGAUCAACGUCGUCUCCACUCUUCCCGAUUCGCGCGGACUGGUCAAAGAUCUUGGCAGCUGUCUCAUCGACGUUCUUCUACGUUCCAUUACUGUGACAAGUCCGUCUGACGUCGUAACGUCUAAGAUUCUCACGGACGCAAUCCCGAACAUCUUGCGCGCCAGCGAAGGAGACGAAUUCGCCUCGUAUCUCCGUAGAAUUUGGGACGGCGUACUGGACGUCGGCAGAGCGCAUCACGACGAGCGAACAACCGCGGCGGCGGCGCAGUGUCUUGUUCUGUGCGCCCUCGUCGACUUCUUUCUACCGGAAAAAUCCUUCUUUUCUUCCUGCGAAAUGGGAAGCCUCCCAAACGACGGCCCGGGCGAGAAUCCCUUGACGAUCAGCGCAGAGUCAUCUGCCGGGAGUGGAUUGGACAUGGUGGGAGACGAUCGAUUCUGGGCGAUCGUGCAGAACGGGUUGAUCGACGACGACCCGCUCACGCGCAAGCGGGCGGGAUACCUCCUGCAACGCACGCUGAGCAGCGUCGAGUCGAGAAAGCUCGGGAAAACGGAGAGCGCGUUGUUCCGAUGGUCGGCGAAGUGCGCGACGGCGUAUUCCAGGCUGUGGGAGAACUACGUACUUCUGCUGGAAACGCUGGAAGAGAAGCAGGUACACAUGGUAAAACCAGUGAUGGGCAGGUUAGAGAAUAUCACCGUGGCAACGGUGCAGCGUGGAGAUGAGCAAGUCUACCUUCACACAUCGUGGAUGACGACUCUGUUUCAUAGAGUGUUCCAGCACGACAGCAAAUUCGUGGUUCGGUGGGGCGUUCUUGAAUUUCUCUCUCUGGAUUUGACUCGUUGCCCGUUGCUUCAGAACGGAGGAGUAGAGUUCAUCUGUAGUGUUUUGCUGCACGUUUUGAAUGACUCGGCACUGUAUAGUAGACCAGCAGAAGAUGGCAUACCGCAAUUUCUCGAACAAACUGCUGAAUUACCUGCGCUCGCAAAAAGUCUAGCAGACUUUUUCGUGCGAUUGGAUCAAAGUUCAGAGCUCUCCCAACUUCCCGCAAAAAGGAAGUUUUUUACAGAGCUUCUGAGGGGCAUCUGCAAGCAGAACUGGUGCGCACCGCCCCUCCUGUACGUCACACAUGCGCUAGCUGCAGUCGCUACCUCAGCAGCUGCUCGGGAAACGGUCGGCGACAUGAUGACGGCUUCGUCGUUGGACGGAUACCCUACAGAGACAGCAGGAGUUGACCAGGAGUACUGUUGCAUGGAUGUGUGGGGCUCCGACGUAGUACCUCUGCUCCGGGAUCUUCUGACAUCAGUGUUAAGAACGCAGCAGAUAUUUCUGCGAGGAGCAAUACAAUGUCUGCUACUGGAGACAAUCAUGCGAUUCCUCAACAUAAAGGAAUUGAGUGCUCAGCAGCUGUUUAUGCUGCUUACGACGUUCAAGAGAAACGAAUCACUUCGAAGACACACGCCGCUGUGGCGACACCUGGUGUCGUACGUCUGUCACUGGGUGCUACUACCUAAUGUGAACUACAACGACCCAAAGGACGUGCAACGACUUUGCUCACACUCGAUAGCAGCCUUCCUAAAUGUCACUCCUGAUGCAGGCAAGGAGGAAUUUACAGCGGGGACAAGUGAUGUUUAGCAACUAGCAAGGAUGCUGAUUCUGCUCGCCGACACAGGCCAGCUCACGAACUUUUCUGCACUGUUGCGCCCUCUGGCGGAGACGCUGGGAUCUGCGAGCA